AUGGCAGACAGACACGAGCAAGCCCCCGAAGAAAGGGAGCAAACCCCCAAAGAGAGACAGGAAGCCCCUGAACAGAGAGAGGACCAAGCCCCCGAAGAGAGGCAGGAAGCCCCCGAAGACAGGGAGCCAGCAUGCCUGCUGUGUCAGCCAUCAGAGGCUGACCCGGACAUCUGCGGGCAAAAAAGUUUCAUAUUUGGGCUCUGUGUCCACAAGUUCUGCCUGUUUUUUGUCAGCAACUCUCCUGACAUCCCGGUUCAGCGACUAGAAGACUGGAAUAUUGGCACAAGGGAGAUCCCAGAUAUAGUCUCCCAGGCGGCUCAGCAGAGCUGCUGCAUCUGUGGCCAGGGCGGGGCCACCAUCCCCUGCUGGGCAAGACACUGUGACCUGAGCUUCCACCUGCCCUGUGCCAAGCAGGGAGGCUGUGUCACCCAGUUCAUGCCACCGUACAGGGCCUUCUGCCCCGCACACAGCCCACAGCAGGCAGUGUGGGCGACUCCAGAGCCGGGCACCCAAUGCCUCAUCUGCUUGGAGCCUGUGGAGGACAGAAUGACCUUCAACACCCUGGUGUGCCCAGCCUGCAGAACCGCCUGGUUCCACAGGGACUGCAUCCAAUCCCCAGGACAGGAGCCAUGUGCCAGCACCAAGUCCUGGGAGGCGCAGGCCCAGGCAGAGACACUCAAGGACAUCCCGCAGGGGAAAUCACUCCUGCCUGCAACGUCGGACCCCAAAUCCAUCCGGCCGGUGCAGAAGUCCCCAUGA